AUGGGUACGGAGGCCGAGCUCUCUACCUUCAAGUCACCACACGAUGUGGUUGUCGAAACCGAGCGGCUGCGGCUGCGGCCGGUAUAUCCCCUCACAGAUCUCUAUGUGUUCCACAGAAUGCGCCGCAACCCAAGAUCAAUGCAGACCACCGGGGCCGAGACGGAGGAAGACCCCUUCAAAAGUGUCAGCUUCGACCGCAUGCGGACUAUGACGUCCCCUGGAAGUUUCUCUUUCGCCAUCGAGCUCAAGUCGAACAGCACCGAUGAGCCUGACGCUACGAUAGGUGUGAUGGGUCUCUUCCGGCCUCCCGGCUGUGGGUACCUGCUGGAUGAGCCGUACUGGGGAAGAGGGUACGCUACCGAGGCCUUGUCGGCGUUCGUCAAGACGUACUGGGAGUAUUUCCCUGAGGGAGCCCCUGGCAUUCGGCCUGAAGACCGAAACAUCAUCAUCGCUGGAGUUUAUGAAGGCAACGUCGCCAGCGAGAAAGUGCUGAAGAAAGCUGGGUUUCGGGAGAUAAGAAAGGAGCCAGUAGAAACGCCUUCCGGUCCUUCUCGGGAAACCGUCUUCAUGAUCGAGCGACCAAACAAGGUACUUCUGCCGGAUGAGGUCUCUGGGAAUGUGAUAUAG